UUUACAGGGAUGAACAACAUCCUGAAAUAUCUGCAGAAACACGAGUUAGAGACAAAACUGGGAUUAACUUGAUGUAGUGAUCCCAAAUAUGAAAAAUGUCUCAUCCUACCCCACUCUCCCCUACUGGGGGAGGGUGGGGAGGCGAUAAGAGCGCUUUGGGAUUUAUUUUGGAGAUAGUCGAAAUGUUUAUAACACCUCAAAGCACAAUAGAAGCUUAAGCUCCUCUCAUAUGCUCGUCUUAAGAUAUGCAGCCUGUUAUCACUCCUCGCGGUUCCCUUGAACUUGAACACACACUCCGCUGAUCAUGUCGAGAAUUCCUCAGCUCUCUGACAACAAAAACCACGCCACGGUAACAGCCGCUUAUCGCCGCCAGCCGCCCUGCGCGCAGCCGAUUGGUCUGACUCACUUACAGGCACAUUUCCCCUCCUCUCUGAUUGGCUCGGCUGUUAAUGGACCCGUGACUUUGUUCCAGUAGGAGGGCUCUGGAGGCGGGGUGCGCAGGCAGAGGCGGAGCUCUCCCCGGUCCUUAAAAAGAGCUGGUGCUGAAAGGAGUGAGGUACUAGGACGCACGACAGCCGGAGCGCCCGGUGCGCGGUGCGUAAAGUGACACGAGUGUGAGAAGAAAGAGGAAAGAAGAGGAGGGAGAAAGGGUGCAGAGGACGGAGCAGCCCUCUGUACUGAUGGACCACAAGGAUAUUUAACCAUCUGCCCGGGGAGCGCACAGGUAUCCUCCUCUCCUGCUGCUUCUUUGCGUUUUUCUUCGUGCGUAAAGACGCAGGACUUCAUUUUCCUCCAUCCACAGCGUCUUCUCUCUCUCCUCUCUCUCUCACAGCUGCGGUCCUCAGACUGUUUUCAGUCUUUUCUUCUGCAUGGGAACCGCGGGCUCUUUUACAAUCCGGCGGAAUUAAUGAUUGACUAAUGGGUGUGAGGGUCCAAGGGGCAGCAGAUCAUUGAUUGUGUUAGUGUAGUCUUCUCUCAGCUCGAUAAGAUCCGUGCAGGUGACUGCUCUCAAGUCUUGAGUGUUUUCUUCUUCGCCUGUGCAGCAGAGAGAGAGACGGAACUGCAGCUCAUGUUCUCUGAAACCUUUCUCUAUUUGUCUUGUUGACACUCCUCUUUCUUUCUCUCUCUCUCUGUCAGACACCGCAGUCCAUGCCUCUGCCCUGCCAGGUCAUUGAUGGGAAAUCAACUGGAUCGGAUCACCCACCUCAACUACAGCGAGCUGCCCACGGGGGAUCCGUCCGGGCUGGAGAAGGACGAGCUUCGAGUCGGCGUCGCCUACUUCUUCUCUGACGAAGAGGAGGAGGUGGACGACCGCACUCCGUCCGACUGCGGCUUCACCAAGGACCACAGCCCGGCCGAGGAGGGACCCUUCUCGGUCAGCGAGGUGGAGUACUCCGCCUUCUGCGCGCAGGAAUGCAUCUUCUCCAAGCUGCGGGAGAACGAGGACCUGAACGUGUACUCGGCCAAAACUUUGCUGACUAUGUGCAAACCGGGGGACCUGCUGGAGCUGGUGGCCCCGGCACAAGCCCCCCACUGGGCCAUCUACGAGCAGGACGACCAGGUCAUUCAUCUGCACAAGGGCGAGAUCCGCAAAGACAGCCUGCUUGAGAUCAGCGGCGGCCGCCACGGGAGGAUAGUGAACAAUCGGUACCGGUAUCGGCCGCUUCCUCCCGAUCUAGUGAUGCAGAACGCAGCGGGACAUCUGGGCCUGAGCAGCGAGGAGAUAUGCUGGACCAACUCGGAAAGUUUCGCAGCCUGGUGCCGCUUUGGGAAAAGGGAGUUCAAAGCGGGGGGAGAGGCGCACUCGGCGGAGCAGCAGUAUUUCCUCAAAGUGCAUCUGUCCGGCAGCGGGGUGCACACUCUGGUCUUUCGCAGCCUGGAGGACAUGAUCCGGGAGAGGAGGCGAGUGGACGCCAGUGGAAUUCUCAAAGAGCUGUCUCUGGUUAACGGGGGCAAGGAGUGAUCAGGGAUUCCGUUUGAUAUCCUCUCCUCCUCCCCCCUUUUUUCUCCCCCCCGAAGCUGCCUCUUCUUCUCGCCAGCGCGCACGGACGCACGGUGUUGCGCACAGCCAAACAUACUCGCACACAAGCACACACACGCACACACACACACAUGCAAGGACCUGUUGGUUUUGGACUGUCUGGUUGGAUGCUUGUUGGACCACAUGGGCGCGUUUGUGGAUUUCCCUUCAAACUGAGCGCGAGAGCGGCCAUAGAAACAGACAACGCCCCUUCAGAUCUGAGUGGGCCACACGACUUUAACUGAAUCCAUAAGACCCCCCGACAAAACAGCGACAUCACCCCCCUGACAAACCGCACAUUGCGCACACGGCUUGGUUUGGUUUUCUCUUUCAUUUCUCGGGAUAAUGGAUUUGGCGCCUGCUGCGGCAGACCAGACAGUGAGACCGGGAGAGGUAGAGAGAGAUGUGAUGUGUGUGGGGAGGGAGGGAGGGGGGUUCGAAAGAUAGGAUCUGGGAUGGCUCUCGAAAAAGUCUCCCUUCUAUUUUUUUACUGUUAGCUUUAAGUCCGGGACUGACCAUGAUCCAGAUCCACUGAUCCACUGAUCCAUAGACCUCUGCAGUUGCCUAAAGAAGCAUUUGGCUCGUCCAAGCUCUCCCUCUCUCUGUCUUUUGCCAUAACAAGAGUAUUGUCAUUCUCACAAUGCUGCCAUCCUGCUUCACAGCACUGGAUGUAAAUGUCAAAUUGUACUCAUAUUGAUUGAUUUUGAAUUUGAGUCCCUUAUUUUUGUAUUUCAGUUUAGUGGAUUUAACCCUGAUCUCUUUUUUGGUUCCAAAUAAAUGGAGGUUGAAAUUUGAAAAUAC